AACCUUUCUUGGUAUCCCACCAUCUACCUUCGUUCAGGUUUCAUUAUUUGCCUUGUAAAUUUUUUUUUAUCUCCUUGCUUUUAAUCUUCUUACUCUCGCUCAUUAAAAACUUUUCAUCGCAUCGUCAACAUUCACAAGUCUCAUUUUCAACAUGCACUUCUCUACCGUUUUCACAACCGCCGCUACCCUCUUGGCCAUUGCGCCAAACUAUGUCGUCGCAAUUAACGAAGACUGCAUAGUCUCGCUUGUGCCAGAUGGCGGAUCGUUUGCCAGGAAAACCCUGCGCAGCAGUCCAGGACAACAACAUGACCUUCAAUGGGGUAAAUAUGCUUUUACUAUUCGGGUAGAAAAUGGUUGCGCAGGCAAAAAGACUGCUGGGACUAUCCCACCGGCGCAUUUCGUGUCAGUGGGUCGUGCGGCUUCUCUGAAACCCACCUCAAUCCUGAGAGAUGGUGAUCCACGUCCGCCAACGGCAGUUUAUCCUCCUCGACAGCCGCCUCGUACAGAGGGGCGUAGGACGCGAUAUGGCUCAUCCGGAGGUGCGGUAACCGUGGGAGCGAGAUAGGUUGUCGUCGAAUGGGGAUGCUAGGGGACCUUUCAUUAUCAAUGAAUGGAUAUAAUAUACUUAUC